AUGCCGUCCAAAUUCUUGGUGUGUGAGCAUUGCGGGAUAGGGUGGAUCUACAAGUCAGAAAAGGCCUGGUACCCGCAGUGCUGGUAUUGCGGCAGGGCUUGGAAGACAGAGCGUACAGUCCAGCUGCAGGAGGAUUGGAGUGAGUGGGGCCUUUGGGGGCCCAAGCAGAGCAAGCGAGCUCAGCGACAAGCCCAACGAGCAGCGGAGCACCAAGCUGCCAGGAAGUUCCUCAGCCAACAGGACGCAGCAGACCUGAACCAGGACUGGGAUAUGCUCCAUUCCCCUCCGGGCCUUAAGGUUUUCCAAGACAGCCAAUACAAAGAGGCAGCUGCUGCCCUCUGGGAGAAUGCAGAGCCUGCGGCGCAAAGGCUCCUCAGGGAGGCUGGGAUUCCCCCUCCAGGAGCUGAUCAAGAAGAUCCGCCGGAAAAGCAGAUCAGCCGCUGUAUGCAGGAAUACAGGAAGGUCACGGGGAUCCACCGAUCACUCAUUGCCAAGAAGAUCAGACUGCAAGCCAAAACAGAAGCGAUUAAAAAACAAUUCGAGGAUGCAGUCGGCCAACUGAGCGCCAUCUCCAGCAAAAUCGAGCAAGUCGAGGAGCAGCUCAUCAAAGCACACGCGCAGGUCAAGGAAAAGGUAGACGGCUUCCAGCGGCCGCAGAAGACAUCUUUGACUGAGUUGCUGAAGGAGGCAGGCGUUGACCUCACCAAAGAUCAGGAAGGAAACCUCGACAAAUUGUUGGCUACCAACGAAGUCGAGGUAGCGGGCCUCUGGAAGACUGAGCCAGGAGUUCCCACUGAGCUCCUAGAUGAGGACUGGAACGGUUACGGGCCGACCCGGGCGAACCAGGCGGAGCCCUCGCAAAGCCAGGACAGUUUUGUGCACCUCAACGCCGUUUUCUUGCAAGGAAGGAAGGCAGCACAGGUGCUACAGCACCUAGCCAGAAUUUUGCAGCGGCAGGUUAAGACCAGGCUCAGGCUCUGGAAGCGCAUGCGCGAAGUCUUGACUCACCACAAUUCGAUUCCAACAGAGGAAGAGGCCCUGCUGCUCGAGAUUGCCGAUCAAAAAGGCGUGAAGGACAACGAGGACGGACUAGAAGGCUGGACCGCCUACCAGCUCCUCAACAAGGUCAGUGAAGGAGCCACGCGGGGGUUCGAGGUUCUCACCCUUGCGGUAGAGGACAUCGUGGCCAGCCUUAGCAGCAAAGGCAGCCACAAGUUCAGGAUCAGAUGCUCAAACGUGACUCAAUGGAGAACGGAGGUCCAGCAGUGGCUCCAGGCCCAACGGGAUGAUGUUAUCCUGGUGCAGGAAACACACCUCAAUAGACCCUCCCUGCAAGCAGCGGUGGCCACGAUGCACAAGGCAGGCUAUCUCAUGGUAGGAGGGGAGGCAAUGUCCACGGGCAAACACGGCACGAAAGGCGGAGUCGCUGUGCUUACCAGGUCACACCUCCAAACCAAGCCGGCCCAGUUAUUUGUCAAGGAAGGGUGCGGUUUUUGCGCAGCGGAGAUCCGUCUCAAAGGAGUGAGCAUCCUCCUCCUCAGCCUCUACCUCAAGAAUUCCACCCCCGUCCAUUAUGAGCCUAAUGCUGAGAUUCUCGCAAGGCUCACGGCAUUAUUAAAGAGUUACCCGGGUCAAUGGCUGGUGGCGGGGGAUUUUAACGUGAGCCCUCGGGAGCUCGCAGACACCUCGCUUGUCUGUGAGCUAGGUGGCCAGGUCAUCACCACUGGCAGCCCCACGACCCAUGGCGGCACGGAAAUUGACUUCGUGAUUGCAAGCAAUGCCAUUGCUGGCAUGGUGUCAGUCACCUUAGACUGGGGUGCCCCGCAUAGGCCUCACGCCAGCCUGUGCAUUGAGAUCAACAUGCCGGGGCAGCUGGACAAGGUCCUUCAGCUCCCUAAUUUCCCGGUCUGCGAUGCUGUCCGUGACGGUCAGCUCCCAACGGACCUCCCGGCACCACCUUCAAUUGAGGUUCUAGGCCUUUGGCUGCGGGUUGAAUCUUGGCUAAAUGCGGUGGCCAAAGCUGGGGUCCGGGUCAGCCAGCAAACCUGCACAAAGGUUCUGAACCAGCUGAAGUUCGAGGGAGAUCUGGCCGCCACCCAGGAUGAGUUUCGGGCUGAGCUGCUCGCCCAUUUUACGGAAAAAAGCAGCUUGUCUGCCACGAAGGAGGAGUUUUACAGGAAGCUAGUCGCCAAAGCCCAGUGUGACCACCUGGAGGAGGAAAAGGCCAGGUACCAAAGCUGGCUAGAAGGCGCCACUGUCAAAGGCAUGAGGCCUUUGUACAAAGCAAUCAGGUCUCACGAGCAAGUGUUGGUGCGGCCUUUUCAGGAUAAAGAGCCGGCGCUUCGGCCCUACCUCCGACUCUGCCAAUGGGAGCAAAUCUGGCAAAGUCGGAGUGUCCCCGUCGAGGACCCUCUCCAAGAGCUGUUUGACAAAGCAGUUGCCGAGGUGAGAUACUCCCUGGUAUCAGCGUGGCUCCGCAAGUAUGAGAGGAUGGCGCCGUGGGAUGCCGCAAAGCCCGACAGCACUUGCCUCAGUGUUGCUGUGCACCGCGUGUUUCAAUCUGAGAUCGCGAGAGCGACAGGGCAAAGCCGCAUCACGUGUUUCCUGGAUCUCGCCACCUUCUUCGAAACCAUAUCUCACCAAAGAUUGGCAAGGUCGGCUAUCGAGUUGGAAUACCCGGCGACCCUCCUCAACAUCGCCAUCCAGGUGUAUAAAGGCGCACGUGUGAUCACGGCAGAUUCCACCCAGUCACCCGCUACUUACUCCCCAAAAGGAGUAAUAGCGGGAUGCCCGGUGGCGCCCACUCUGUCUAAACUAGCGAUCCACGAGCCUUGUGCGCGGCUCAGUGCCUCAGGUUUGGUUUCCAACCUGAACACGUGGCUAGACGACAUCAGUCUGGAUGUUGCUGACUCCGAUGCUGAUCGUGCUGCAAGCCGUAGCGUCAGAGCUUAUAGGCUCAUUGCCGAAAGCCUGGGCAGCGAAGCACUGGUGCUUUCCAAGGCCAAAUCAGCCUUCGUAUGUAGCGAUAAAGCGGCUGAGAAAAGGCUUCGUGCCCUGCUCAGACCGGAUGAUCCUCCCAUUCUGAGUCUGAUCAGAGAUUUGGGUGUGGACUCCGCGGCUGCGCGCAGGCGCCGCGUUGCCGGCAGCAACGCCCGCCUGGCUAAGGCGCAGGGGCGAAGCGGCAAAUUGACAAGGCUCAAGCUUCACAACAAGCAAAAAAGAGCGCAAAUUGCCACGACAGGGGUCCUGACAGCGGCAACGUUCGGUCACCAGUGUCAGGGUUUUGCCCCUAAGAGAAUGAAAGUGCUCCGUGCAAUCGCCGGAGGACACUAUGCCAAAAUUCCGUUCGGUUCACUAGAUCUCCUGUUUGAUAUGGCAGAGUUCGGAGCAGGAGAUCCGCUCCCUAAGCUGAUACUGGAGCACUGGUCAAUGCUGAAGGAAUGUGUGGAGCGAAACCUUCCCGGCGCAAGCUACGUAAAGCGCACGUGGGCUGUUUCGUGGAACAAACUGGUCAACAGUAAGCAGCGGUGGUGUGCAGCAGCGGGGCCAAUCGCGUCCAUGCAAUGUUACUUGCUUGACAUGGGCUUUGAUGCCAGCUCAAUGGAUGUUUGGGAAAGACCAGGUCGAGUCAUCUCCCUGGAAUGGGGAACCCCUAAUGCGGGGCUCCGCGUCGCCCAGCAGCUCAGAGAGGCCCUCUUGGAUGAUCGGUGGGAACGCAUUUCAGUCCAAGAACAAGCCAAGGGCGUGGAAAAGGGCAUCGACUGGACCGUUGCAAGGAAAAUGCUCAAAAACUCUGACAAAAAACCGCUUGUUGCAUCCGGCCUCCGGAUGCUCUGGCAAGGGGCUGUCAGGAGAGCGAACCACGGAGGUGACCAGCAAUGCCUCAAGUGUGGUCUGCCGAACACAUUGAGGCAUGUCCUUAUCGAGUGCGUCCGUUGGGCCGAGCAUGACAUUGGCCCCGACCCUGCUUGGGACAUCGACUACCCGAAUCCCCCGCCCUGCUUUGUAGUUCGGGGGCUUGUCCCAAAAGAGGCUACAGUUCAUCCCCCCCUUACCCCUGAGCAGCUUCAGGUUCGAUGCUCGGGGGUUUUCGCAGGUGAGUUUCUCCCUGUGAGCGGCCUUUUCUACGGCACGGAUGCAUCAGGAGGCCCCAAAGGAGAGGAUGCUAGGCUCAGAGUGGUCUCCUGGGCUGUAGUGGCUAUCCGCAUUAAGCAAGAUGCAGACCCGCCCUAUGAGGUGGUGGGCACCAUGACUGGUUCCCUCCAGAUAGGAGCGACAGUCAAUGAAGGCGAAGCGAUUGCUCUCGACCAGCUCGCAGCCAUGGCUCCAGCUCAAGUCAACGUGGCGGUCGAUAGCAAGGUCGCCAUACGGUGGUGCAGAGCCUCCAGUGGCAAGCAACCCAAACCAGGCAUAUGGACUACCAGUGCCGAGGAGCGGGACAAGCUCCAACUCAACUGGACAAAAGGCCACAUGUCCCGCCAAGACCACGCCAACAGGUUUGGACAGCAGGCAGUGUGGGCAUGGUUUGCGAACGAAGAGGCUGACAGGCUAAGUGGGCUCAGAAGCGAGGAGGUCUUUUCGUAUGAGCAAGCCGCUAGAACAGCGGCUAUUGACCGUGCAACAAGGGGCCGCUGCGCCUGGCUUGGCAGAAGAUGCAGCCAUAUCCUUCAACACGACCCCGUUCCCACACGCAAGGAAGUCAAGUUUGAGGCUAUCCCGGUGAAAAGCAGGCAGACCAGAAAGCUGGACUUUAACAAGAGGCACGCCCUUCAUGCAGCCACCCAACAGCGCGACCCGGAGAUAGGCUCGCUAGGAGGCGCGCAGGUCUUAGAGAGCGGGUCUGUCCUUCCCACUGGUACGCCGCAGUCUUCGGCUCGAGUUUCUCAGCCGCAGGCGCGCUCGCAGGCAUACCAUGCCAGCAUGCCACAGGCGGUCCCUGCUGCCAGCCUGGGCAAUCCAGCAGUCCUGCCGCCGGCGCCCCCGAAGGAAAGGCUCCAAGCUAUUUUCGCCAAAGCCAAAGUGCCAGUCCUCACGCAGCAUGACAAGGCAGAGCUGGAGGAGGCAGAUUCCAGCACACCGCCGAGAGCUCAUGAAGGGGGAGGGCUUCCCACCCUUCAUGGCAAGAGAGUGGUGCAAGGAGUUGCGCGCAACAAUCUCCUGGCGCUUCCCAAAACUUUGGGAUUCGAAUGGUGCCAAGGCGGCCCCUCUGGAGCUCUCCUUGAGUUUUUGGGCAAAGGCCAGGACAGAGUAGCGUACACCUCCCAAGACUUGGUGCUCAAGUUAUCUGAACAGCCUCAGAAACAGGAGCUCGUCUUCGCUAAUCUCCUGCCAGGCAUCGCUACGCCGGUUUUCUGGGUGGAGGAUGUUGAGGUCGUUCUCCACGGCGACAAAGGAGGCGAACAGCGCUUGCCAAUGACGCUCCUAUGCCAAAAGCCAGUGGUGUUGGCGGCGGAAGUUAUGGAGCAAAGGGGAGUCACUUUCUCCUUCAAGUUCAUGUGCCACGUUGGCUGCAUACUCACGUGGCUUUGGACCCAGAACCUCCACCUCUUGGACCUGGGAGAGUCCAAUAUGGGUAUGGAGGUUGCCUCUACGGCGGAGCCUUACCCGGCGCUCCGCUAUUUCGACCUUUUGUCUUGGAGGCGUCAGGCGAAGCCUGAGGCAAAGUGGCAUGGUUUCCACAAACUGGCGCAGAAAAUGUGCCCCAUGCAUGCCAACUGGAUCAGGACCGUCUGCUCUGAGGUCACGCAGGAUGCUCCGAAGGUCUUCCGCAGACUUGCUUCGGAGUGCCAAGGGUAUGUCGACCGCCUGCAACAAGCAGGGGUAAUGGUGGAUGGAGAGAUUUCAACCCGGCAAAUCUUUGGCAACCGCGGGUGA